GAAAGGACCACAUAACUCCUGGUGCAGCAAAGGGGAUCUCCUUCUGCAAGGCAUUUUCUGGACUCCUGAAAAAUUAUUUUUAAUAAUAUGGCAGAGAAGGAUAUCAUCAGCUGGCAUCUACUGGCUUUAUUUUUUCUUCCAUUUUGCCUGUGUCAAGAUGAAUACAUGGAGGUGAGCAGAAGAUCUUAUAAACCAGUGGCCAAAGUAUUGCAAAGUCACCACCAGACUGGCCAUAAAGGUUCCAGAAGCAGGGAAAUAUUGAAACAGCGGAGUCAACUUAUAGAGUGGACUGUUGAUAAUAGCACUUCUACAGACCAAAAAGUCCUGAGACCAGAGGUAGAUGAUGUAGAACUGACUACCUCAGACAGAGUCCAGCCCCCCCAGCCUGGACCGCAGAAUCCAGACUGUAGUUCCUGCUGCCGUGGUGACUUCGGAGUUCGACUCUAUCAAGGGCCCCCAGGACCUCCUGGGCCCCCUGGGAUGCCAGGAAAUCAUGGAAACAAUGGCAAUAAUGGAGCAACUGGCCAGGAAGGAGCCAAAGGUGAGAAAGGAGACAAAGGAGAUAUGGGACCGAGGGGAGAGCGUGGCCAUCACGGACCCAAAGGCGAGAAGGGUUACCCUGGGAUUCCCCCAGAGCUACAGGUUGCAUUCAUGGCUUCCAUGGCUACUCACUUCAGCAACCAGAACAGUGGGAUCAUCUUCAGUAGUGUUGAAACCAACGUUGGGAAUUUUUUUGAUGUCAUGACUGGGAGGUUCGGUGCUCCAGUGAAUGGGGUAUAUUUCUUCACCUUCAAUAUGAUGAAACAUGAAGACGUGGAGGAAGUGUACGUGUACUUGAUGCAUAACGGUAAUACAGUUUUCAGCUUAUAUAGCUAUGAAUCAAAAGGGAAAGCAGACACUUCAGGAAACAGUGCGGUGCUAAAACUUGCCAAGGGAGAUGAAGUUUGGCUGCGAAUGGGAAAUGGAGCCCUCCAUGGGGACCAUCAGCGCUUCUCCACCUUUGCUGGGUUUCUUCUUUUUGAAACAAAGUAA